AUGUUUAGGUUCUUGGUUAUCUGCGGUUGCUUGCUGGCGGUUGGGCAGGCAGGCGUGAUCGGCGGUGGUUUGCUCGCAGCGACUGCGCCCGCAGCGGUCGCGGUGCAGCCGGCUACAGCAGCAGCCCUUGGUCUGUCCGGAGCGACGGUUGCGGUACCGGCUAUCGCGACGUCCACCUCUAACGUGAUACGGGGUAUCGGUAACUUAGGUGCCGUAUCAGCCUACUCGAAGAGCGUAGAUACGCCAUUCAGUAGCGUCAGGAAAGCGGAUGUGCGCGUUAACAAUCCAGGAAUCGUGACGCCUGUAGUCACACUCGCAAAUACUGCUCUCGCAGCUCCAGUGGCCACGGCACUUCUCGCACCCGGGCUGACAACCGCGGUCGCAGCUGGACCGACUUUAACUACCGGCAUAGCAGCGGCCCCUCUGGGACUGAACGGUUUAACCUUGAACGGUUUAGGGGGUUUAGGGGGUUUAGGGGGUUUAGGGGCAGUCAAGGUUCUCUAA